AGGACUUUAAAAAAAACUUAGCUCCCAAGCUUGGCAACAAACCCUAUGAUGUAGACUCAGGGAGGGGGGUGUCACCUACCCAAGUUACUCUGAUGGAAUAUGACCAGGCCAGUUCCCUCCCUACCACCCCCUCCACAGGCCCUAAGGUUGUCUCCAGCUGGGCCCCUGGGACAGUGGCCAUCCCCAAUUCACUCCUGAAUCGUCCCCAUGGUCUUGCCACUUCCCCUUCUCACUUCCCAUGUGCUGACCUCCCUUCCCCAUGCUGACCACAAGGGACCUCCCUUUCAGGAAAGAGAAGGGUGGGUUAAGUCAGGAUGGAAAAUGAAGCAAUUACCUUAAUGCUAACUUCACCCCAUGAGGAGGGACACACUCCUUUCAGCCUUGCUAAACAUCCCCGCGAAGUUGAUCCUAUGAUGAUAGGGAGUGUGCAUUUUACAGGUGAAGAAACAGAGUCUCAGAGAGGUUCAAGUGACUUGCCCAAGGUUACACAGCUAGGAAAUUCAUCGUGCUCCAAACUCCUGUGCUUCAUUUCCCUUUAGUAAGAAUUUGGUCAAAGACUAUUGAUUCAGUGCUGCAGGGUUGCUGGGCGGAGCAUUCGGUGCUAGGGAUACAGUAACAAAACUGGACUGAGAGGGAAACAGGAAGUAGGGAGGGCUGAGUGGAGAAGGUGGCACAGGGGCAGAAGCAACAAGGGAGAGGUGGGAGCUGUGAAGAUCUGCCCUCCCCACCACUGCUGCUCUUUGCCCUCUCAGUUCCUCCUGCCCCUGGUUCCUCUUUCCCACUGACUCCCAGAGCAGGUCAGCUCACAUAAAGCCAGGCGGGGCUGCAGGAGUGCAGUGCUCAACAUGCCUACCCUAGCACAGGCCUUUUGGUCACUGCUGCUGUGGCCACCACUGCUGCUGCUGCUACUCACCCUGCCAGCCACAGGCUCAGACCCUGUAGUCUGUUUCAGCCAGUAUGAGGAAUCUUCAGGCAAGUGUAAGGACUUCCUGGGGGAAGGUGUCCGUGAGGAAGACUGCUGUCUCAACCCUAACUAUGCCUUCCAGGAGCCUGACAGUAAGCUCUGUCAGGCAUGCAGGCCCCCACGAUGGUCAGUGUGGUCCAGUUGGACUCCCUGCUCAGUGAGCUGCACUGAGGGCUCCCAGCUGCGGCACCGGCGCUGCAUAGGCUGGGGCGGACAAUGCCCUGAGAAGGUGCAGCCUGGGACCCUCGAGUGGCAGCUGCAGACCUGUGAGGACAAGCCAUGUUGUCCCGAGAUAGGUGGCUGGUCCGACUGGGGAGCCUGGGCACCUUGCUCUGUCACCUGUUCCAAAGGGACCCGGACUCGCCGUCGAACAUGUGAUCAGCCAGCCCCCAAGUGUGGGGGCCACUGCCCAGGAGAGACAGAGGAGUCAGAGGCCUGUGAUACGAAGCAGAUCUGCCCCACACAUGGGGCUUGGGCUGCUUGGGGCCCCUGGGGCCCUUGCUCAGGCUCCUGCCAUGGUGGACCCAACAUGCCUGUGGAAAGACGAAGCCGCACGUGUUCUGCACCUGAGCCCUCCACGAAGCCCCCUGGGAAGCCGUGUCCAGGGUCAGCCUAUGAGCAGCGGGCUUGCAGCAGCCUGCCACCCUGCCCAGUGGCUGGAGGCUGGGGGCCAUGGGGCCCUGUGAGCCCCUGCCCAGUAACCUGUGGCCUUGGCAAGACCACAGAACAACGGACAUGUGAUCACCCUGUGCCCCAGCAUGGUGGCCCCUUCUGUGCUGGUGAAGCUACCCGGACCCACAUCUGCAACACGGCUGUGCCCUGCCCUGUAAAUGGAGAGUGGGGGACAUGGGAGGAAUGGAGCACCUGUGUCCGCCCAAAGAUGCAACGCAUCAGCUGUCAGGAGAUCCCAGGCCAGCAGACACGCUCAAGGAGCUGCAAGGGCCGCAAAUUUAAUGGACAUCGAUGUCCUGGGGAACAACAGGAUAUCCGGCACUGCUACAACAUCCAGCGCUGCUCCUGGGAAGGCUCAUGGUCAGAAUGGAGUACCUGGGGGCUGUGCACGCCCCCAUGUGGACCCAACCCCACCCGCAGCCGCCAGCGCCUCUGCAAGGCCCAUCUCCCCAACUUCUCGCCCACUGUUACCAUCGUUGAAGGUCAAGGAAAGAAGAAUGUGACCUUCUGGGGGAAACCAUCAUCAGUGUGUGAGAUGCUACAGGGGCAGAAGGUGGUGGUGGAAGAGAAACGUCCAUGUCUACAUGCACCUGUCUGCAAAGACCCUGAGGAUGAGGAGCUCUAACACCUCUGUUCCAUUCUGACACCCUAACCUCCCAGUCCUCAAUAAAGCAGCCUCUUCCCCAAGA